AUGGCGUCGCUCUUCCGCACGGGCGCCGUGCGAGCGCGCGAGGCGCUCAUGCAGCGCGCGAGAGUCUUCGGGGCCGGCGGCGCCAGGGGCAUGAGCGGCGAGACCGUCCCCGUGUUCGUCAACGGCGAGGAGCACCAGGUGCCCAAGGGCGUCACCGUGCUGCAGGCGUGCGAGCAGGCUGGCGUGGACGUCCCGAGGUUCUGCUACCACCAGCGCCUGUCCAUCGCGGGCAACUGCAGGAUGUGCCUCGUGGAGGUUGAGAAAUCGCCAAAGCCCGUGGCGUCCUGCGCCAUGCCGGUGAUGCCCAACAUGAACAUCAAGACGACCACCCCGCUGGUGAAGAAAGCUCGCGAGGGCGUUAUGGAGUUUCUCCUCAUCAACCACCCGCUGGACUGUCCCAUCUGCGACCAAGGCGGCGAGUGCGAGCUCCAGGACCAGUCCUUAAUCUACGGCUCCGAUCGAUCGCGGUUCACCGAGUACAAGCGCGCGGUGGAGGAUAAAGAGCUCGGCCCUCUCGUCAAGACGGUGAUGACCCGGUGCAUCCACUGCACCCGAUGCGUCCGAUUCGCCACCGAAGUCGCGGGGGUUCAAGACCUCGGCGUCACCGGGAGGGGCGGCAUGGCCGAGAUUGGCACGUACGUCUCCAAACUGCUCACCUCCGAGCUGUCCGGCAACGUCAUCGACCUCUGCCCCGUCGGCGCGUUGACGUCAAAGCCUUUCGCGUUUACCGCCAGGUCGUGGGAGCUCCGAACCGCGGAAUCCAUCGACGUCACCGACGGCCUCGGGUCCAACAUCAGGGUCGACACGCGCGGCACCGAGGUGAUGCGCGUCGUCCCGCGUUUGCACGAGGGCGUCAACGAGGAGUGGAUCAGCGACAAGGCGCGGUUCUCCUACGACGGGUUGAAGCGGCAGCGCCUGGACCAGCCCCUGGUCCGCGACGACAAAACGGGGAAGCUCAAGCCGGCGACGUGGGAGCGCGCGCUCGAAGUCGUCGCCGCCAAGAUAAAAGCGACGGACCCGGCGCGGAUCAAGGCGAUCGCGGGUAAGCUCAGCGACGCCGAGUCCAUCGUCGCGCUCAAGGACUUGAUGAACGGGAUCGGCGCGGGUAACACCGUCGCCGAGGGGAUGGACGGCGUCGCCGCCGACGCUCGAUCUUCGUACCUCUUCAACUCGAACAUCGUCGGCGUGGAGGAUGCCGACGUCGUGCUCCUCAUCGGAAGCGACCCGAGGGUGGAGGCGCCCGUGCUCAACGCGCGUCUUCGCAGGGCUAACGUCGCGGGCGGCACGCACGUGGCGUCCAUCGGUCCCCACGGCGACCUCACCUAUCCCGUGGAGAAGCUGGGCGAGUCGGCGUCCGCGGUGGAGGCGCUCGUCGCCGGCAAGCACCCCUUCGCGCAGAGGCUCAAGGAGGCCAAGAACCCCCUCGUCAUCGUCGGCGCCGGUUUGCUCCGCCGCGGCGACCGCGACGCGUUGCUUAAGCAGAUUCACAAGAUGUGCGACGACGUCGGCGUCGUCGACCCCGCCGCGGGGUGGAACGGGUUCAACGUCCUGCACGACGCGGGCGGGACGGUGGCGGCGCUGGACCUCGGCUUCGUCCCCUCCACCUCCGCCGCGUCCGCACCCGACGUUGCCGCGAAUCCAGAGAUGGUGUUUUCGCUCGCGGCGGAGGAUUUCGACGCCCCGGCGAACGCGUUCGUCGUGUACCAAGGACACCACGGAGACGCGGGAGCGACCAAGGCGAGCGUCGUCCUACCGGGCGCCGCGUACACCGAAAAGUACGGGACGUACGUCAACACCGAGGGCAGGGCGCAGCGCGCGAUGCCGGCGGUGGCGCCGCAGGGCCAGGCGCGGGAGGAUUGGAAGAUUUUACGGGCCCUCUCCGAGUGCGUGGGCGCGCCGCUGCCGUACGAUACCCUCGGGGAGGUUCGCGCGCGCCUCGCGGAUAUCGCCCCGCACUUUGCCAAGACGGACGAGGUGGAGCCCGCGCUGUGGCUCAACGGUGCCACGUACGCGCACGUGGGCGCCAAGGCUAAGGUUGACGACGCGUCGCCUCUGGCGUCGAGCGUGGCCAACUUUUACAUGACGGAUGCGAUUUCGCGAGCGUCGGCGACGAUGGCCAAGUGUACCAAGGCGAAGGCGGCGCAGUGAGCGGCGACGAUUCGCGCAGUGAGCGCCGCAUGUGCAUCUACGAUAUAUAUAUCUCUUGUAACUCGAAUCUUUCAUUAAGCGUACA